GAACCAAGCAAGGGCAGGGUGCGAUAGGCCGAGCCUAGUAGGAGCCAUUGACUGAUCGAAGCCGAGCCCGAAGCGCGCGAACGGAGGAUUGAAUGCUCAUCCUAAUCUUGUUAACCACCCGUUCGCUCCUCCAAGCCCUCGGCUUCACAAAACCACAGACUAGACUCGUCUCCUCUCCCUGUCUCUCAAAAACCUAGUCAAUCAGGAGGAGAAGAUAACCUUGACGACCUAAACCAAAAUAAUAAAAAUAAAAAUAAAAAUAAAAAUCUAUUUCUCUUUCUUUUCCUCUCGUCGUCGUCGUCGCUCCCUUGCUUUGCUUGUGCGUUCAAUACAGAGCAAGCACCCUCCACUGUUAAUCCAAGGGCUGCCGGUUUCUUUUCUCUUCGAGGUUUAUGCUUAAAAAAUGUCGCUUUAAUCUUCUACUGAGGAUUGAUUGUUGACAUCUUGUGCUGUGCUGAUGGCGGCUGAUCAACGGAGAAAUCGGCUUAAUGGGGCCAGCCUUGAGGGUUGUAGUUCCUGGGAGCCGUACAGAACUAAAAAGAAGAAGAAAUCGAAGCAUGAUUUGAAUGCAAAAUCUCUUAUUUCUCUUGAGUGGGAUGGCAACCGAAAAAAGGUUAUUGCCAAAAGGGAGCAAAUUGGCAUCAGUCAGAGAGAUUUAAGGCCAUUUAUUGAUUCUGUUCCCCAGUAUCAUAAUCUUUUAGCAGAUGCUUUCCCUGUUCCGCGAGAAAUUUUUGAGUUGAAGAAUUUGACGGAGGUCCUCUCGAAUGAGGUUUGGCAGACUCAUUUAUCAGAAAAUGAGAGAAACUUUCUUAUGCAGUUCCUACCUACAGGACUAGGUACAGUAGAAGUUGUGGAAGCAUUGCUUUCUGGGGACAACUUUCGUUUUGGAAAUCCAUUACUUAGAUGGGGUGCUUCACUUUGCUCUGGUAAUCAUCACCCUGAUGCGGUUCUUUGUCAGGAACAGCAUCUAAAGGCUGAUAAAAAAGCAUACUACUCCAACUUGCAGGAUUAUCAUAAUGACAUGAUAACAUAUUUGCAGAAGUUGAAGGAUGCAUGGGAAAGUAGCAAGGAUCCAGAAAAGGAAGUUUUGCAGAAGAUGUGGAGGAGGUCAAGAAGUGAUGCAGAUAAAAGAAUUUCUCCUUGCGAUAAUGAGUCUAAAUUUCAUGACCUUGGGGAGAAUUUGGUGGUGACAUCUGAAUCCAGCUCCUUAGUUGCAGAGGAGAAAGCAUCUAGCAGUGAUAAUCAGAGUUCUCCUGCAACAAAGGGUGGAGAGUUUCAAAAGAGGAUUUUUGAGAAAGGCUCCAUGAAGGAGAAACGUAGAAAGCCAUUGGUUGCUUCAGAUCAUGCAACUCCUGGAAAAGAAGACAAGAUACACAAGCGCAAUAUCUACCGUAGCGAUGGUGCCAAAUACAUGUCGUACUUAAAGAUAAGCAAGAAGCAGCACCAACUUGUCAAGAGCAUGAAGCAAUCCGGUAAAAGCAUUCAAUCUAAGUCUCUUAACUGUGUGUUAGGUGACCUUGAUACUUUGCAUGUACAACCAUAUGAAGAAUUUGUGAAAGAGGAACAUAAGAAGUUGCUGGAGCAUUGGAUGCAAUUGGCACACAAAGAUCUUCCUGCAGCAUAUGCGAUCUGGAGACAAAGACAGUUUCAGAGACAGGAGAUAACCAAAUCUAUGGAGCAAGAGAUGAAAGGCAAAUUAAAAUAUCCAGUGGAGUAUCUGGAGAAGGAUGGCCAUGAGACUGUGCUUCAGGAUCAGAGUGAUCAAGGUGCAAACAAACAUGAAACCAGCUUGGAGGAUAUGCAAGAACAGAACCAUGAGAUCAUGCUUCAGGGUCAGAAUGAUCAUGGAACAAGAUACCAAGAAUCUGACAAUUCUGAGGAUGGCAUUUCUGGUUCUAUCUCCCCACAGGAUCAGUCUCCACAGCAUAUUUCCUCCCUUUCUGUCGGCCAGGAUCUUAACCCUGUAGAUAUGAAUAUGGAAAAUAAUCAUGUCCAUUCAAACUCAAAUUCAGAUGAAGCUUCUCCACAUGUAUCUGAGUACUCAGGCAGCAUGCAUGCUACAGAUACUUCCAUCAAUCAGGGAAUCCCUAUAUCUUCUUCUGGUGGAGAUGUCUGGUCAGCAGCUAGCAUACCUAAUUCAUAUUAUGAUUCUAGUGCAAACCAUGAAUACACAUCUACUGGUGGAUUGUCACUGCCACAUCAAGUUAAUGAAGAGCAACGUUCUCAAUUAAUUGAUUUGGGAUCUAAAGUGCAUGAAGAAGAUGCUGGGAAAGAUUUGUUGCACGGACAAUCUGAUGAUGGUUCUUUCAGCUCUUACCCAAACCAUGAUCGCAGUGGAUUGCUUCAAUCUUUGUUCAAAAGUCAGGCAAUGUUACCCUACCAUAGUGAACAAAAACAAAACGGGCUAGAUUUUCAAUCACCAAAUGGUGUUAUAAUGCAAGAUGGCCAGUUUACAGGAAAUCUCCAGGGGCAGCUUCAGCCUUUGCUGUCACUUGAACCGGGACAGAAGAGGCACACUGAGGAUUACUUGCAACAAAAUAUAACAGAGGACAUUUAUUCCGAGGGGGGAGGGUUCUUGAUUCCAAGACAAGGAAAUGCACCACCAGUCAUUCUGCAAGACUGGAAUGUUAAUCCUGUUCGUAUGCCAGCACGGCUCCAAUCCCAUCUAAAUGAUGGUGGAUUGCUAACUCAGAACUGGUUCUCUGGGGAGCAUCAAGUUUGCAGGGACUGGACUGGUGCAGGUGGUCCUAGUGUCUCAAACCAGAGCAUUGGAAGUAAUGCAGAUCAAAGCCUAUUUAGUGUUCUAUCACAGUGUAACCAACUGCAUACGAGAAACCCCAUUAACCAAUUGCGUUCAGGUAGCCCUGUCAAUCAGCGUUCAAGUGGUCCCUUUGAUUUAGUGGGGUCUGCUGAGCAGUUUGUGUUGCCGAGGAACUAUGGUAUGGUGAGUGGGGUUACUCCCAGGAUCAGUAAUACUUUACCACAAGCAGUUCACCCACUUGACUACUUUGGUGGGCGUGACACUGCUAGUUCCCUGAUGCCUGAUGACAUGGGAUGGAUGACUUUGCCACACAAUUCUGCUUUACAUGAUCCAGUGGGAAAACCGCACUUAAGGUCAUGGAAUCAAUGAAUGUUUUUCCUCACAUUUUUGGCAGGUGAAGCUCAAGGUUACGAUCAUGAGAAGAAAUGCCAAAUUCAAGAUGUAAAUCUUGACUUGUUACCUAUAGAGGUUGUGGGAAGAGACUUUUGAGCUUAUGCAAGACUUGCAGAAGUGCAAAAUCUCGCGACAAAUUCCGAGAUAGGUUUUUGUACAUACUUUAUACGAGAGCCAAUUCAAACAGCAUGUAAAUAUCCAGAUGUUAGAUAGGCAGGUGAGAGCAAAGAUGAGGAAGGAUCAAAAAGGUUCUGAUAUCUUCUAUCUGGUAGGUAAGUUACACCUUGCAUUUUUGUUUCCAGUCACAUUUUUUUUCUCCCUUUGUUGACCGAGAAACAUCUUUCAAUAAUUUUUAAGGCUAUAAAUUGCCAAAGGCUCUCGCAUCAUUGUUUUUGA